UGUUCCGUGUGGAGCUCAGUCAACAUGCCACCGACAGACUCCCACAGCUAGACACCGCUCCUGCACCUGCACCUCCACCUUUCUGGACCUUUGGGACCCGGAUGAGGCAGCUCAGACUCUCAGGUGAACUGUGCAGGUUGGAUCUCUGAGAUCUGCUGCUCCUGUUCCAUCUCCUCUCCCCUCCUCGCUCUGCUCACACCAAUAUGGCCAGUGGGGAUGAUGAUGACCCCAUUAUAGAGGAGAUCGAUGUCUAUCUUGCCAAAAGCCUUGCAGAUAAGCUGUAUCUGUUCCAGUACCCUGUCCGACCAUCCAAUAUGACCUAUGAUGAUGUCAACCACCUAUCAGCCAAGAUCAAACCCAAACAGCAAAAGGUGGAGUUGGAAAUGGCCAUCGACAUAAUGAGUCCAAACUACUGUCGCAGUAAAGGAGAGCAGAUCGCUCUGAACGUGGACGGCACCACUUGUGAUGAAACCAACACCUAUUCAGUGAAAAUGAUGGAUAAACAGUCCUUCACCUCCAUCCAGGCCACCACUAACACCUCCAGAUAUGCUGCUGCUGUGUUUCGCAAAGGUGAGCUUCACGUCACACCUCUGACGGGGAUCCUCCAGAUGAGACCGAGCUUCUCUUACCUGGACAAGGCCGACACCAAAACCAGAGAGAGGGAGGCGGCCAAUGAAGGUGGAGAUUCCGACCAGGAGGAAGCUGAGGAGGACGUCAAGGCCAUCACGGUUUUCUCGCCCGAGUCGGAGCAGGCGCGGCAGAGGAGGAUCCAGUCGUACGAGUUCCUCCAGAAGAAGCAGGCGGAGGAACCGUGGGCUCACCUCCGCUACCACGGUGUCAAGGACGGACGCUCGGAGCAUGAAAGGCAGUACCUGUUCUGCCAGUCGGUGGACGCCUCGGAGAACUCUGAGCUGGUCAAAACUCCCAAGGAGUACCUGGCGAUGCUGAUGCCCCCUCUUGCAGAGGAAAAAGUUGUGAAACCAGUUGGUCCCAGUAAUGUGCUCUCCAUGGCUCAACUCCGCACUCUGCCGCUGGGAGAGCAAGUCAAGACGCUGAUGAAGAAUGUCAAGGUGAUGCCAUUCGCUAACCUGAUGGGCCUGCUCGCCUCCGGCACGGACUCCACCGCAGCGCUGCGCUGCAUCCAACAGGUGGCGCUGCUGGUUCAGGGCAACUGGGUUGUCAAGAGCGAUGUUCUGUAUCCUAAAAACACCUGCAGUCCUCACAGUGGCGUCCCCGCUGAAGUGCUCUGCCGUGGUCGAGACUUUGUGAUGUGGAGGUUCACUCUGGAGCGCUCAGUGAUGAGAAAGGAGAUCGCAUCCAUCAUCAAACUUCCUCCAGAGGAUGUGAAGGAGUUCCUGGAGCAUGUGGCCGUUCCUCGAGUCAACCGGGGCUGGGAGUUCCUGCUGUGUACUGAUGCAGAAUUCAUUAAGAAACACCCAGACAUCGCCCACAGGCAGCACAUGCUGUGGCUCGGCAUCCAGAGCAAGUUGGAAAAGGUCUUUAACUUCUCCAAAGACGACUUCAGGCCAAAGAAUUCCCAGCUGCCUGAUCCCGUCCACGUCAGCGGGGAGCAGCGUCUGAAGACGGCUCACGACCGCGCCCAAGGAAACCAGUCGUCCCUGCAGAAGGACCUGGACACCAGGCGGGCGGGAAGCAGCGUCCACGUCAAACAGGAACCCGUCAGCGACGGAGAGGACGAACCCAUGGACACCUCCUCCUCCUCCGUCCCCAACGGUUCCGUCAACGGUUACCCCGGCGACGCCGCCCCGGCCUUCGAUCACACCAACGGUGACGGAGGGAACGCGUCGUCAUCGGAGCUGCAGGACUUUGUGAUUAAGACUUUCAGGAAGCAUUUUGUACUGACGCUGAGCGAGUUCAAGAGGCUGCUGGGCCUCCACAUGGCCUCCAUGCCGUUGGGAUGGAGCGUCUUCCCGUCCAUCUCGGACCACAUGCUGCAGGACGCCAUACUGCUCUGCCAGUGCAAACAGAUAAUGGUGCCUUUUCCCGCUCAGACCACAGCGGCCCCCGAUGAACAGAAGGUGUUUGCUCUGUGGGAGACCGGAGAGAAGUCAGACAUGCAUCGUCGGCUGCUGUAUGAGCUGUUCAACAAGAACUACCGCAUCAGGAGGAACAUGAUCCAAGUCAAACUGUCUCAGGAGUUCGGAGACGUCCCGAAGGCCGACGUUGACCGUCUGCUCCACGAGUGCUGCAUCAGCCACGCAGGGAUGUGGUACCUAAAGGGAACGGUACAGUCCUGACCCUAAGAGCAUGACCCCCCACCCUCCAAUCAUCGACAGCCAAUCAAAUGCUCUCCAGGAUGUCUAGUGGGAGGGCAUCCCUAGAGAUGAGAGCCAAUCACAAUCACAGCUCGCCCAGCUCUGAGGGCGGCCGAUUGCAGGACAAAAGAUGUCCGCUCUGCUCAGAACAUGAAGCUUUUUUUCUCGUUUCAACUGAAGCAUGUCUGACACGAACACGAGCACUCUGAUGCAGCGCGGAGGAUAGAACUCCUCACACACUCUCACCAAGAGCUGGAGUGUCUGAGGGGGCCAAUAUGAUCAUUAAAAAAUGAAGAAAAAGAAAACUAUCUAUACGGUUUAUAAGGAGAGUUUGGGAUUUGUUUUGGACCUCAUGUUUGAUUAUUUUUUUGAAUAUAAGUUUACCAGAUCAGGAAGGUGUUCACUAUUUAAAGCAAGGUGGCUCAAAGAGCUUUCAUUUGACUCCUGAUUUAUGAAUUUUGCAAGAGAAAACAUGUUACUUUAUCGUCUCAACACAGCAAACGUUGUUCAAGCCUUGGUGGGUAGAAAGCCUGAUCUGUUUCUCAUCCAUUAACUGAACGUGUUGUCUUUGAUCCGACUUGUUAAGAGUAAAAGUAGAGUAUUAACUUUACCCUCACUCUACAAGUGAAAGAGUUGACCUUUAUGAUUCAAUGCAACUGUCGCUUAAUUAAAACGCUCGGAGGCACGUAAGUCAUGAGUCAGCAAAACUGAAACAAAAAGGGGUGUAAAAAUAUGCAAAAGGUCCCUGAUGUCAUUAUGCUGAAGUAGUACAACUGAAAUCUCUGACUAUUUUUGGCAGUCAUGGACCUGGAAAAUAUAUAUAUUUUCCAGGUCCAUGUAUAUAUAUGGAUCCCAUAUUCCUGUAUUAUUAAGUUGAGUUUGUACUGAAAGAUUCAAACUAGAGGAAGAAGUGGAUUCAACGGCUGAUGAGGUUUGUUUCUGGUUGAAUGUCCACAGUUUGAAAUGGUUUUCCUUUGAGAGACUGGUUUUGAUGACGGCCAAUAAAGAUGCAACGUUGAAUAUGUUUUUUGUCAUAUUUCUUUUAAUCAAAUCUGUUUGUAAGAACGGACAGACAUCUGGACUGUGAUCUUGAGGCUCUAUCUGAAAGUGCCUCCCCCCCACUCAUACACAGAAUCAGAGGAACAACAACACUUUGAUUCUCUUUGAAAUACUUUCAAACCCUCAGAGUAUAAAUGAAUUAGUGCUUCAUCAGAU